AUGGUGCAGAGGUUCUAUGGGCAUUAUGCUAGGGCCGUGCGUAAUAGGAGGAGUGGGACGACCGAGCCUGACACGAUGUUCCAGGCCACGGAAAACAAGGAGUUCACGUUGCUGCCUUGUUGGGUGGAGUUGUGGCAUCAUCCCAAGUGGAAAUCCGAGACCUCGCGCAAGAAGCAGAAGACCUUCACCGCAGGCAGCCCCGCAUCAAUGCAGCACGUUGAGUCUUCUCCUGGGGUGAACGUACCCGAAGGUGUAGCUGCAGGACCUUCCAGUGCCGGUCCACGUUUGAAAUGGCCACCUGGCCGCAAUUGCUCGAAGGAGGUUGCCCGUGGUUCUUCCUCCUUGAACUCAGCUUCUGGGCCUAUGAUAGAGAUAUUUGACUGCCAGUUGGUCAUGAAAGAGAAGGUUGAGAAGGAUAGGGCGGAGAGAUUUGCUAAGAUGAUGAGAAUAGAGCAGCAGAGGCUUAGGCUUGAGGAGGAGCGUGUGCAAUUGGAAAAUGUAAAGGAGGAGAGGGAGAUAAUGAACAUGAAUCUUUCGCAGAUGGAUGAGGACUAG